UCUCAGUGAGCACAGGACAAGGGUAAAGAGACAGGGGAUAUUCGCUCAGGAGAGAGAGACUACAGCAGGCUGUUGUAAAGCAGAGGAUGGAGCUCGAAGGGAGACACCGGUCGCGCUCCUCAGAAUAAAGAAUAACCCGUUUUAGAUCAGAACGAGAUAUCCAGAUGACGAAUGUGUUUUUAGCUUGUUUUCCCAAAUUAGAUGCAGCCAUAUUCAGUUCGAUCUGAAUGGCAAAUACGUAGCCCGGUCGUAGGCUUGGCUAUUUUGACAGCUGUUCAAAAUAGCGCUAUUGCUCAUAUUUGAACAGUAGGUUAAUUAUCAGACCGACAGGUAGGCUAUACAAUCCCACCCAAACCGCCGUGUUGAGGAUUCCUCUAAUGACCGACUCCACACUUGGAUUACACAGCAGAGCAGGGGGUGGAAGGAACAUUGUCGCCGGAGUCCAAACUCUAUUCCGCCUCUCCAGAGUUAUUUUGGUACCCAGACCGGGACUGUGGUACCCCCGGAUUUAAAAGUGUUUGUCUGGUUUUGAAUGUAAAGCUAUCUGCCUUCCCAGCCCAAUGCUUGAUAUCAGGGGUAUUGUUGACAUUUUUGUCUUUCUAUUGUUGAAGUAGGAUGGCCUAAUUCUGCAUUAGUUGAAAGUGCAUGUUUAGUAUGAGGUUAUUUUAAAAGUAUUUUUCACUUACAUCGAGAUAUUCCCAGGCUAUACCGAUAUUCCUAGUAAUGUUGUCAUGUGGCAGACAAACUGCCUUGAUAUAAUAUGGGUUUAUGAAUUUGUCAUGUUUUUUUGAGAGGAAACGCCCCUUGAGAGCACCUCCUCUCUUCUCUCUCUGCCACCCACUUAUCCGGCUCGUCCAUCAUUUUGGGAGGUGAACGGUGUUUGUUAGGAUCCCCACGGCGGCUCAGUGUUCAGCACUCAGGCAGGAUGUUCGUCUCCGUGUGGUAUGCCAAAAAAAUGGGCCGGCGGUUCAUCAACAACGUCCGGAAAGCCAAGAAGCAUCCGCAUCAUAUAAUGGGGAAUUCUCCUCCAGUGGUGGUGAAUACUGACACGCUCGACGGCUCUCCCUACGUCAACGGGACAGAGGGGGAAAUUGAGUAUGAAGAGAUUACACUGGAACGAGGUAACUCAGGCCUGGGCUUCAGUAUAGCUGGGGGGACAGAUAACCCUCAUGUUGGUGAUGACCCCAGCAUCUUCAUCACCAAGAUCAUCCCUGGAGGAGCUGCGGCCCAGGACGGACGGCUGAGUGUGAAUGACAGUAUCCUGUUUGUGAAUGAUGUGGAUGUGAGGGAGGUGACCCACAGUCUGGCAGUGGAGGCUCUGAAGGAGGCGGGGGCCAUCGUCCGCCUCUACGUGCUCCGCAGGAAACCAGCCGCAGAGAAAGUCACCGAGAUCAAACUCAUCAAAGGGCCGAAAGGUCUAGGUUUCAGCAUCGCUGGAGGGGUGGGGAACCAGCACAUACCAGGAGACAACAGCAUCUAUGUCACUAAGAUCAUCGAGGGUGGGGCUGCUCACAAGGACCAGCGGCUGCAGAUAGGGGAUAAGAUACUGGCGGUGAACAGUGUGUGUCUGGAGGACGUGAUGCACGAGGAUGCAGUGGGAGCCCUGAAGAACACAGCCGAGGUGGUUUACCUUAGGGUGGCCAAGCCUAACAACCUCUACCUGAACUCCUACAACCCGCCAGACCUUACCAGCACUUACUCCGCUCACAUGGACACAGAUCUUGGCCACCCCACCUACCUUGGAUCAGAUUACCCACAAGCCCUCACUCCCACCUCACCCAGUCGCUUCUCUCCAGUGUUGCACAGCAUGAUGGGGGAUGAAGACCUUCCCAGUCUCCUUCUUCCCCUCCAUUUCUCCUCGUCUCUCCCUGACCCUCCGUCCCUCCCCUUCUCCCCUGCUCUCUCUGUCAGGGAGCCUAGGAGAGUGCUGAUCCACCGGGGUUCUACAGGCCUGGGUUUUAACAUCGUGGGAGGAGAGGAUGGAGAGGGGAUCUUUAUCUCCUUCAUCCUGGCAGGGGGGCCUGCCGACCUCAGCGGUGAGCUGCGCAAGGGCGACCAGAUCCUCAGCGUGAAUGGAGUGGACCUGCGUAUCGCCACCCAUGAGCAGGCUGCGGCAGCCCUGAAGAACGCUGGCCAGACUGUCACCAUUAUCGCCCAGUACAGACCAGAGGAGUACAGUCGUUUCGAAGCGAAGAUCCACGACCUGAGGGAACAGCUGAUGAACAGCAGCAUGGGUUCUGGUCAGACGACACUGAGGAGCAACCCCAAGAGAGGUUUCUAUAUCAGGGCCCUGUUUGACUAUGAUAAGACAGCAGACUGCGGUUUCCUGAGCCAGGCGGUGGGCUUCAGGUUUGGUGAUGUGCUCCAUGUCCUGGACUGUGGUGAUGAGGAGUGGUGGCAGGCCAGACGGGUCAGUCCUCAGACAGACGUUGAGGAGGUCGGCUUUAUUCCCAGCAAACGCAGGGUAGAAAGGAAAGAGUGGUCUCGCAUGGGCACCAAAGAGAGGGAUCGCAGUCGGGACAGCCUCGGAGCUCAAGGGAGGGACGAUUCUCAACACAGCUAUGAAGCAGUGACACAAGUGGAGGUGCAUUAUGCCAGGCCCAUCAUAAUAUUGGGUCCCAUAAAGGACAGGGUAAAUGAUGACCUGCUGUCAGAGUUCCCUGACAAGUUUGGAUCUUGUGUCCCUCACACCACGAGGCCCAAGCGGGAGUACGAGGUGGACGGGCGGGACUACCACUUUGUGUCGUCACGGGAACAGAUGGAGAAGGAUAUCCAGAGCCACCGGUUCAUCGAGGCGGGCCAGUACAACAGCCACCUAUACGGCACCAGCGUCCAGAGCGUGCGAGAGGUGGCGGAGCAGCAGGGGAAACACUGUAUACUGGACGUGUCGGCCAAUGCUGUCCGCAGACUACAGGCCGCUCAGCUACACCCCAUCGCCAUCUUCGUCCGGCCCAAGUCACUGGAGAAUGUCCUAGAGAUCAACACUCGUCUGACAGAAGAGCAGGCCAGAAAGGGCAUGGACCGUGCUCUCAAGCUGGAACAGGAUUUCAUCGAGUGCUUCUCAGCUGUGGUGGAAGGUGACAGCUUUGAGGAGGUUUACCACAAGGUGAAGACGGUGAUCGAGGAGCAGUCGGGGCCUUACAUCUGGAUCCCCACCCGGGAGAGGCUGUGAGGCUGCCCCAUAACCCACCUCCACCCCCCAACCACCCUCAGCCAGUCUGCCCUCCAGCCCAACCAGCGCUCAGAGAGACAGAGAGAGACAUAGAGAGACACACAAACACACACAGGGGGACACGUGAAGAUAGAGACACAUAAUCACACAGAGAGAGAGACACAGAGUAAUACUAAAAGAGAGACACAGGUAUAGAAACCCAGAGAAACAGGUAAGGACAGUAUUUAAUCAGUAUUCAUAUAUAAUCCGUGUGUGGUGAGUACUGAGCGAGACUGGAGAGAGGUGACCAAGUUGGGCGUGGCAAGGCAGGGCGGUGGGCGUCCCCAGAAUAAGCACAGGGUAACGGAUCCACCAUCUCCCCCUCUCCGUCUCCCUCAGUCUCAUUUGACAUCCCCACUGACAAACAGGCGGGCAAAACCAUCAGCAGCCCUUCCGAUCCCUCCUUUUUUACAUCCCUGAGCCUCCUCUCCUCCUCCUGUCAACUCUCUCUCUCCAUUCAGGACAUGAAACGGAGAGAGAGAGAGAGAGAGAGAGAGAGAGAGAAGGAGUGCAUAGACUAUGGAGGGACACAGAUCAUAUUGAGUCCCUCUGACCCGGAGGAGGCUCUAUUCUAGUGAAAAGGCUUUGCUCCGUGUAUGAACAACUAGGAACAUCAUCCCACUAACCAAGACUGGCAUUCGCUCAAUCACCCAUGAAUAGCAUUUUGCGAGGGCAUUUUUUCAAAAGCAGCUCAAAUAUAAACUCAAAUUCUGAAUUUGUGCAUGCGUUCUCAAAGGCAACAGAUAUGGGAGUUGAGGAAAAUGAUGGAAAAUAAGAAGAAAGGAUGAAGAAGAGGAGAAAUGACUGGGCGGUGCGCACCACCCGUUUCCCCCCUCCAUUUUGAAUGGGCGGGGAGUUUCUAGCAUGGUCUCAACAGAGAGAGGAGCAGUACAGAUGGAGAAAGAGGAGGGGCUAACUCACUGUGUGCAUAGACAAUGGAAGACCUCGUGUAUAAACCUCUGGGUCUCUUCUGUACGGCACACACAGUCAGCCCGUACAGUAGGGCCGUUCUAAAUCCACCCGGCUCUUCUCCAAAAGCACUGGGCGGUCUGCCCUGUUUGUAACGGCCAGGCAGAUUCCAUGCUGAAUGUUCUCUUAAGGCACAACAGCAGAGUCCUUCGCUUCAGCGCUUUAGUGUUAAGAGCACCACAGCCAAUUCUCUGAUCACUCUUCCAAAUAGACCCUCAACAACCCACACACAGUGUUCUCACUGGCCUGUGUGUGUGUGUGUGUGUGUGAGAGAGUGUGUGUGUGUGAGAGAGAGUGUGUGUGUGGACUGUGUGAGGAUUAAAUCUCUCUUCCUCUCUACCACUCUUUCUCUGCCUCUUUCUUUCUCUCUCUCUUUCUUUCCUCACAAAUGAAGGCUACGUAUAUAUAACGCGUUUAACAGACAAAAUGGCCUAUACAAAUAUAUAUUUUUAAUGACGAUUUAUAACAGGAGUUAGAGCCUGUAAAAUGUAAUAUCUCUUCAACAAUAUUCCAUUGCUUUGUUUGGGUAAACUUUCUCUUGUGUUCAGGGAUUUGUUUUGGUCCUUGACCAUCGAUUUGCCCUUCCACAACACACAGUCCUGACACACAAACACACAAAGAAACACAUAAUAACUGAGAGAUAGCUGAGCUAUAACUGAGAAAUAUCUGAGAUAUAACUGAGAUAUGACUGAGAUAUAAAUUAGCUAUAACUGAGAAAUAUCUGAGCUAUAACUGAAAUAUAUCUGAGCUAUAACUGAGAUAUAACAGAUAUGACUGAGCUAUAACUGAGCUAUAACUGAGAUAUAACUGAGGUGUAACUGAGAUAUAUCUGAACUAUAACUGAGAUAUAACUGAGCUAUAACAGAUAUAUCUGAGAAAUGACUGAGAUAUGACUGAGAAAUAACUGAGAUAUAACUGAGAUAUAACUGAUAUGACUGAGCUAUAACUGAGCUAUAACUGAGCUAUAACUGAAAUAUAACUGAAAUAUAACUGAGAUAUAUCUGAGAUAUAACUGAGCUAUAUCUAAAAAAUAACUGAGAUAUGACUGAGAAAUAUCUAAGAUAUAACUGAGAUAUGACUGAGAAAUAUAUGAGCUAUAACUGAAAUAUAUCUAAGCUAUAACUGAGAUAUAACUGAGCUAUAACUGAGAUAUAUCUGAACUAUAACUGAGAUAUAACUGAGAUAUAACUGAGCUAUAACUGAGCUAUAUCUGAAAAAUAACUGAGAUAUGACUGAGAAAUAUCUAAGAUAUAACUGAGAUAUGACUGAGAAAUAUAUGAGAUAUAACUGAGAUAUAACUGCAAUAUAACUGAGAUAUAACUGAGAUAUAACUGAGAAAUAACUGAAAUAUAACUGAGAAAUAACUGAGAUAUAACUGAGAAAUAACUGAGAUAUAACUGAGAAAUAACGGAGCCUCAGUGCAGCAUGUGUAUUAUCUUCUCCAGUUACACAUCUCACUUCCUGUUGGCAAGAGUGUUUUGAGUUGAGGUACAGUAGCUAUAUAAUACACUAGUCCUAUCUUAUGGAUGGGGUAAGGUGGCGUGUGUAUGCGUGUGCAUGUGUACGUGGGUGGUUGUGCAUGUGAAUGGGUGGGUAUGCAAAUGUGUGUGCUUGCGUGUGUGCGUUCCAGGCUCAUGAGAUUUGGUGCAAUAGUGUAAUGAUGAUAUGCAAUGAGACCGGGUUUGGGUGUCUUCGAAGAUAUACAAUAAUACAUUAUAGGUAUGAUAUAUGAGUAUAAUAAUAUGUUUGCACUGACAGCAUUAACACAGGUUUUAAUAGGGGGAGUGAGAAUAAGACAAAAUAAAAUAUGGAUUCCAGGGGUUUGUAUUUCUAACCAUGGGUUAAGAACUUUUGAUUUGACGUUUAAAGGGUGAAGUUACUGGUGGAAGUGACCGUUCAUAUUUAUUGUUCUUUGAUUUUUGGGGCUCACUUGCUUUCCCCCAGUGAGAGAUGGAAAGUGGUAAUGUUUUGGAUUGAUUAUUUAUUAUUAAGUGCUCUCACUGUUUCAGUUGUAUUCACUUGGAAGUCUGUACAUUCUACAUUUGUAUCAUUUUUUUCCUUCUUCACUCAAAGAAAUGUCCGUUUUUGGGGAGUGGCCAGAACUGUUGUAAAUACAGAGGUGUGUGGGACGCUGUUGCAAUGCAUACUGCUAAUUGGACAUUAGAGAAACCAUCAGUCUCAGCACUGGUACCUGAGCCCACAGCCCUGCUACCCCCUCUAAUACACAGGAACACGUCACUUUGAGUGGGUCUCUCACACACACGCGCGCACACACACACACACACACACACACAUUCUACAUGAAUGGAAUAAUAGUGUGUUAUUCAUUUCUUUAUUUGAAAAAUCAAAUGUAUUUCUUAUUCUCUGUCUCAGACAUCCAUAUCAUAGUGUGAUACUCCUAAACAAAAUAUAUAUAUACAUUUUUACUGAAUAGACUGAUGAUAAGAUUACAUCGAGGUCAACUGAUGCAGAACAUGUGUUUAAAAUUAUUUAUCUUGCAAAAGAUAUUUAACAA